GUGGUGUUGGCAGCAGUGGGUGGUGUCAACACGGAGGCAGCAUGGUGAAGGUGGUGGACCAGGUGACGGACCCCAAGCGGAAAAGAUUCAAUAAGAACAAGAAGAAAGCAUGGAGGAAGAAGGCAAACAUCACAGAAGUAGAGGAGCGACUGGAAGACCAAAGGAGAGAAGAGAGAUAUGGAGGACCACUGGAAGAGAGAAAGGACUCGGAGAUGAUGUUUGUGGACCUCGGUGGUGAAACUGAAGCAUCUCAGGAGAACCAGGAAAAUACAGAAUGUUUCCUUGAGUUCACUGUGGAUGAGAUCCCUGAAACUGAAGGGAAAAUAAAACUGAAGCCAAGAAAAGUAAAGCUGAAGACUCCAAAACUCAAGAGUCAUCAGUUCCUCAAUGGUCUGCCGGGAGCAAAGCCUCCACACAAACAAAGAAAAAAUAAAGGCACACUAACUGUAGCAAUGAAGAAGAAGAAAGAGUUGCAGUCCAAGGAUCCAAAGCAAAUAAAGAAGCGUAAGGAAGCAAUGAAGCAAAUGUUGGGAGAUAUUCAAAAGACAACUAAAAGACCAAAAAGUGUAAUCAACAGUAAAUACACUACAGAUCUGUGGGAAGUCGGAGGUGAUGCAGUAACACAGGAGUGCAAGAAGAAGGGUCUUGAGGAGUCUUUCAUUGGCAGCAUAUCAGAUUAUUACAGGAGGGAACGAAGAAUGAAACCUGUCAAAGUGCCUAAGAUCAGGCAUGUUCCCACCUCUAAGUUAGAUCCUGUCUCCAUUCCACAUGCUGGAGCUUCAUACAAUCCCUCACAACAAAGCCAUCAGAAACUCUUACUUAGAGCAGUGAAACAAGAAGAGAAACAUCUCAAGAAAGUCGGAAAAAUAGAAAGAGCCACCACAAAGAUGUUCCCCACAAUUGAUAAAGCACCAACAAAAGAAUCAUGGCUCACUGAAAUGUCAGAGGGACUUCCCAAAGCUUAUGAAGAAGAGGAGGAGCCAGAAGAAUCUGUGGAGGAAUGUGAGGAGCAGGAGGAUGAAGAAAAUUUGGACCAGCAACAAAAUGGGGAGGAAAAUGAAGAAACUGUGGCUCCUCAACAAAACGGAGAACAAGGCAAGCAGCAGGCAACAAGCAGUAAGGCAGUGGUGGUUUCUAAUGAUAAUGUCACUGUCUCAAGCAAACCAAUAACUGAAAGGAAGACAAAGAAAAUUAGAAGAAAAGAGAAGAAGCAGAAACUUCAAAAACUUAAGAAAAUAAAAGAAAAAGAAGACCGGAUUCGCAGUAGCAACAUUUAUAAGCUCAAGACCUACCAGAAGGAAAUAGUGAAGGAGGAACUGCAGGAACAGAAACGCAGUGCCAGUCGCCGUGCACACAAGGAGCACCUCAAGUUUAUACCUCGCCGCCUUGGUAACAUGAAGUUUGAGGAAGAAGAGAUUCCUGUGAAUCUUGGUGAUGAGCUGGCUGACUCCUUGCGCACCGUGGUGCCUGCUGUGGAGCUGCUGGAGGACCGCUUCAAGAACUUGCAGCGUAGAAACUUGCUUGAACCAAGAUUGAAGCACAAGCUGAAGAGGAAGUACAAGCCCAAGGUGGUGCUGAAGCGGGCUCACAGAGAGGAACUUGCCAAGAUAGAGAAAAUGGAGUUCAGUGACUAAGCUUUGGUUAUGACUACAUUAAUCUUUAUUUUCUCACCCUUCCUAAAUAAACUGAUGCUAGACAAAA